AUGUUUCUCACACGCUCAUCUCGAAGUGUCUUUUCUGCAAGGCCGCGUGUCUUGCCGCGUUGGACUCCAAGGCGUUCAAUUUGGGGUUCAAGAGAAGCUAGGACACAGCCGACUUCCACGACGUCAGUUGUGGACUCCGAUGUCGUCGUCUUUACCAAGGAGGAAUAUAAUUCCAUGAUGGAUGAUAUAAGGAUGAUAGACAGGCACAUCGAUAGGCUAGAGAGACGAGCACUCAACAAUUUUACCAAUCUCGCCGAAGAAAAGCGAGACGAGCUUGCUCUCAAAUGCGGCUUCCGUGGUUGGGAUCAUCUGUCAGUAGCAAUGGAGACAUAUCCCCAAGUCGACUGGGAGGCCGUCGCGCAGCGUAAGCUGGCUGAACGGGGCGUCGACGUCCCGCUAGAAGAGUUGCGCAUGCUACUGAAGGACGACGUCACCGACGUGAUGUACCAGCAGAAUAGGUUGCCUGCUCUCUAUCAAUUCUUGUCUCUGUAG